AAUUUAAUCUUUGUGUUACUUCGAACCCGAGAUGACUUUUGCGAACGACCUUGUACAAAGCAACUACAGAUAACGCACAUGCGAUUGUUAUUACGUAAGCUAGUAUCAAGUUGCCGUUAUCUAAAUUGAAACAAUUUUGUUCUUUAAAAAUAAGUUAACGCCGUCCCUCGCAUUCACAUUUAAAAUCUGACAAAACUGACGGAGAUUACAUAAACAGAAGAGCAACGUAACUGGUAAGGUGAUUACGAAAUUACUGACUUUAAUAAAUUAUGAUUUUACUUAUUUAAAUAUAUAUUUUAAACUCUAACGCGGUGAGCUCUGUAAGAGAAUGUUGUUGUUAUAAUACAAACACGGGAUGGCAAUUAUUUAAAUACUUAAUUAUUCAAUAAUAAACAUGUUGCAUAUACAAUAAUGCUUAAGAAUGAAUAAUAAUUUCGACAAAUCCCAUGUGGCAUUAAUUUUCAAGAUAUUCGAAUGGUCCAGUUGCCUUCUUUUUCUUAUUCCCACAAAUCGUUUCUAUAUAUGUCUGCUCGGCAAAAUGAGACGGAGAGGCUUUCGUUUUUGCCUACGUAGGGACACAUUUGCUCGAUGAAAGUGGAGGUGACUCUUAUAUUUAUCAAGCUGUUGGUUAGCCUGUACAUUUUCACAAGUAAGAAGUCCGUAAAAUAUGGUGCCUGGAAUCGAUAUAAUAGGUCGGCAAUCACUUAUUCUUGUGUCGCCUGUUGAAAUGAAAUCUCAAUCCUAUAUUUAAGUUACAUAAAUACUCAAAAUCAACGAAUCUUGCGCAAAUUAUUCCGUAAAAUAAAGUUAACCCAUACAUUCCUUACAGCAAUAGCAAAACUUUCACCGCCAGACGUGGUAUGGUAACAUAGAUUUAACGAGAUACAAAAUGCUCGUUUUUUUUAUUUUGUGUGCCACCAUAUAUUCAAUGUGAAAUUCCCGCGACGAAAUCCGGACAUUUAAGAGCGAACAAAUAUAUUUUGGAAUAUACUGUGACACAAAAACCAUAAAAACAAGCAUUUAGUAUCGCUUUAAAUCGAUGUUUACAGACAGCGUUGAAAUGUUGCCUAUUGCCAGGCGCGGAGCUGUGCGUUGGCAGUGUAGGCACGUGCCUGCACAUCAUUAUAAAAAAAUCGUAAAAAUAAAACGCCCGAAAAUGCAAAAAAAAAUCGAAGGCUAUGGGGGUUACCUCUCUAGAAUUCACACAUCAAAUAUAUUGGACAUUACAAAUGUCCAACGAGUUCAUAUUCAAAACUAAGAAAGCAAACGUAGCAGAACCUGUGUGAAACUCGUUGGUGUAGCAGAGCAGAUGCGCUGACCACCUUCAAACAGUCGUUCCCAGUCGUCGUCAACGCACUCGACUGUCUGCAAGACGACAAUGACGAGAAGGCUGGCCAGUACCUCAACGCCAUACUUCGCUUCGACUUCAUAGUCGCACUGGUCACCACACAACACAUUAUCUCGUUCCUGGUCGGCCUGACAGAGGUGCUCCAGAAGAAAAGCAUGGACCUGUUGGAGGCCGUACGCGAGACCCAGGUCGUGGUUCAGGUGCUCAAGAACGAGAGAGCAGACCCAGCCGUCUGGGACGCCCUGUACUAUGAGGCUGUAUACCUGGAAGCUUCCGUGGAAGUGAUGCCAUCAACGCUUCGCAGAACUAGCAAACAACAGCACAGGGACAAACAUCCUGCCUCCGAUUCUAGGACAUAUUGGCGCAUAUCCCUGUACUACCAAUUCCUAGAUCACCUCGUGCAGGAAAUAAGUGACCGAAUACUGAAGAAUGCGGACCGUUUCGCGGCUCAGACGCUAAUUCCAUCGAGGGUACAGUCUGUCAAAGAAAAAGAUAAAGACAUAUCAGCCGUGUGCGAAUGCUAUGCAGCGGACCUCCAGUGUGAGCGUCAACAGCUGGACCAAGAGGUCAAUCGAUGGAAAGUCCGAUGGAGUCUAGUGGAUGCAGACAAACAGCCCAAAACACUGCUUGACGCACUGAAGGCUUGUGGAAGCGCUUACCCGCGUAUACAGCUGAUACUCACAGAAUUACUCACUAUGCCUGCAACAUCAGCAUCUUGCGAGCGGUCCUUCAGCUCCAUGAAGCGUAUAAAGACGUAAAUUCGCUCUACCAUGGGCCCGGAUCGCCUUACAGCGCUUGCAGUGCUUCACAUCCACCGGGAAAGUUUAAUGGACUUUGAAAAAUUGAUCAACACUUUUGCCUCUACCAAGAGUCGGAGCAUGCAGUUCCUCUAACCAAGCGAAUUGCCAUAUGUUGCCAAAACUGUUUAUAAUUAGAAAAAUUGUAACAAAUGUAAAACACGUUAUCACCGAAA